CUCUUCUGUCAGCAGUGCUGUUGAGAUGGCUCCCACCAUGGUCUGGUUGUGGAUGGUAAUGGUAACUCUUGGAAUUCAGGUGGAUACAGUUUGGACAUACACAACUUCUAGUCCAACAGAUCUUCCAUCAACAGACUCGGGACUAACAGCGCCUCCACCAACAGGUAGCCCCAGCUGGACUGCCUUGAUGCUGCCGACCUCAGAACUGACAAGUACGCCUUUGCCGACGACAACGGCUGAGACGACUCCUGGCUCUUCCUUCUGUGGUGGCGUGCUCUGGGAUUCGUCCGGCUCACUUCAAAGCCCCAACUAUCCUAGCCCCUAUCCCAAUAACGCGCACUGCGUGUGGCGUAUACAGUUGCGGCAGGCAAACUACAGAGUGAACCUGGCCUUUCUGGACGUUGAGCUGGAAGGCAGCUCCUGCCAAUUCGACGCCAUCGAGGUGUACGACGGCGGGCUCCCUGGGGGCCCUCUCCUUGGGAGGGUUUGCAGCAACAACCAUCGCGUAUUUGUAUCAUCUGGCAAUGAACUGGUUGUCCUGUUUCGCAGUGACAGCAGUGUCACCCGGAAAGGUUUUUGGGCCUCCUACUAUUCAAUUCCCAAUUACAGCAGCACUCCAGAACUGACAAGUACGCCUUUGCCGACGACAACGGCUGAGACGACUCCUGAACUGACAAGUACGCCUUUGCCGACGACAACGGCUGAGACGACUCCUGAAACAACCAGUACACCUCCCCCACCAACAACUACUGAGCAGCCUACUACCUAUCCCGUCAUAGUUGAUGAGAUCUUGCUGCAACUGACAGAUGGGCCAAACAGCUGUGCCGGCAACGUAGAGAUCUUGUAUUUUGGAGCCUGGAUGAAAGUGUGUGGUCACCUGUGGGACAUGCGAGAUGCUGAAGUUGUGUGCAGGCAGCUUGGCUGCGGCCAGCCUCUGGGUGUGACGGGCUAUUUCCCUUCCAAUGGCUGGUCCUCAUACGUGAUGACCGCAGUGGAUUGCCGGGGCUCGGAAGAGUAUUUGUGGGCCUGUCCUUUUGAGCACUCCUCUUCGUGUUAUGGCCGAGAUGCUUCUGUCAUAUGCUCAGACUCGGGACUAACAGCGCCUCCACCAACAGGUAGCCCCAGCUGGACUGCCUUGAUGCUGCCGACCUCAGAACUGACAAGUACGCCUUUGCCGACGACAACGGCUGAGACGACUCCUGGCUCUUCCUUCUGUGGUGGCGUGCUCUGGGAUUCGUCCGGCUCACUUCAAAGCCCCAACUAUCCUAGCCCCUAUCCCAAUAACGCGCACUGCGUGUGGCGUAUACAGUUGCGGCAGGCAAACUACAGAGUGAACCUGGCCUUUCUGGACGUUGAGCUGGAAGGCAGCUCCUGCCAAUUCGACGCCAUCGAGGUGUACGACGGCGGGCUCCCUGGGGGCCCUCUCCUUGGGAGGGUUUGCAGCAACAACCAUCGCGUAUUUGUAUCAUCUGGCAAUGAACUGGUUGUCCUGUUUCGCAGUGACAGCAGUGUCACCCGGAGAGGUUUUUGGGCCUCCUACUAUUCAAUUCCCAAUUACAGCAGCACUCCAGAACUGACAAGUACGCCUUUGCCGACGACAACGGCUGAGACGACUCCUGCAAAUUAUUCUUGUGGUGGCUUGCUUUCAUAUUCAUCUGGAACAUUACAGAGUCCGUUUUACCCUGGAAAUUAUCCAAACAAUGCUGACUGUGUUUGGGAAAUAUACGUAAGGAGCAAUUUUCGCAUCACACUCACAUUUAGAGAUAUUCAGAUGCAAGGUGGCAGAUGCCUGUCUGACUAUGUGGAAGUCUAUGAUGGGCCACUCCGUACCUCUCCUCUCCUUGGGAAAAUCUGUUCUGCGUCUCUUCGCACAUACACAUCUUCCUCAAACCUGAUGACAGUCCACUUUCACAGUAACUCUCAAUACACAUACAGAGGGUUUCAGGCUGACUACUACUCCAUUCCAGCAGAUCAGAGCACUACACUUCUGUGUUUGCCAGACUACAUGCACACAGUUGUGAGCAGGGCCUUUCUUCAGUCAGAGGGCUACUCAGCUUCGAAUCUCACCUUGAAUGACUCGUAUUGCAAACCCAACAUCACCCCCCAGUAUGUUAUAUUCAACAUACCAUAUGAUAGCUGCGGCACAGUGAGAACGGGAAACAACAAUACAAUCAUCUAUUCCAACAUUAUUAGAGGAUCCUCUUCUGGUUCUGUAAUCACAAGACACAAAAGGCUUCACUUGCAUGUCAACUGCAAAAUGCUCCAGAAUACAUGGACACAAAUAAUGUACGUGGCUGAGGAUAAUUUUGAAGUCAAUGAAACACAGUACAGCAGAUACAAUGUGAACCUUACGUUUUAUCGCACAGCAUCUUUCUCACAGCCAGUGUUUGACUCGCCAUACUAUGUUGAUAUCAACCAGAAUUUGUUCCUUGAAGCUUACCUUCACAGCUCUGAUUCAAAUCUGGUGUUGUUUGUGGACACCUGUGUGGCAUCGCCUGACCCCUAUGAUUUUACAUCAGUGACGUAUGAUAUAAUCAGGAAUGGGUGUGUUAAGGAUUCUACCUACACUAGAUAUUAUUCACCAUACAAGCACGUGGCCCGGUUUAAAUUCAGUGCCUUCCAGUUUGUUCGUAACUAUCCAUCUGUUUAUCUGCGGUGUGAAUUUGUGGUGUGCAGGGCCUAUGACUAUUCUUCCAGAUGCUACCAAGGUUGUAUUACUAGAUCCAAGAGAGAGGCAAGCUCUGCCCAAGAAAGAGUGAAUGCUGUUGCUGGCCCAGUUCAGCUUUGGGAAGCUGAUGCUGAGAAUAGGAAUGCUGAGCUGGACUCUUUUGACAUCCAGGAGGACAUGAAUUCAACUCCUGCUCCAGCUGAUAUUUCUCAUGCACCAUUUAUUAUUGCUAUCACGGCCCUGGCAGUUGCUGUUUUUACUCUUGUUGGGGUCCUUUUGAAACAUAAACUGAAGAAACCAAUUCCAUACCAGAUAAUGUGAGACUUGAUAACACAGGUAAUUGGAUGGAAAAAACUUGCAUUGAGUAAUUUCCUUGACAACUCAAGAUUCAAAUCCAAGCUUGAAAGGCCUUUUGUGGUGAUGGGUCAUCUCAUGGAAAGAGAUGGGCUUGAGCAUAGGAACCCCAAAGAAGCCAAAAGACGAGGAAAAGUUUUCAGCCCAGUAACAACCCUCUAAUCAGUUAGUUGCCACCUACAGUGUUAGGCUCGCAAACAUUAAUGCCAUGUCUGACUCAUCAGCUUCCUCCUCUCGAACUGAAUAUCUUGACUCUGCUAGUUAAAAAUACAGCCUGGGUUGUCAGGAGCCCAGAUGGCCAGUUCUUGCUCUGCACCAAACCUGAGUUUGUUUCCAGUUUCGUCAGAUGUAAAGUAAGAUCAACAAUCCUUCCUUUCCGUAGGGGAGCUAUGAGUACAUCACACAAUGCAUGCUGCAUGAUACUCAGUACUAGAGGCCAUCUAAGUAUCUCCGAAAGACAUUUUGUUGCAUCUCUAUAGAGAAUCUCAAUGUGAUGCAAUAUAUGUAUUUCAAUUCACCAUUCAUGCGGAGCUAGCACCUUUUAAAAUGCUGGAUAAUGGUUUCUGUUUCCACUACAGUUGGUAUUAAUAGACAAAAUACUUGAAUGCAAGUACCAUUGUAUCUCCUAAGCCUUUUUUUAAGUCCUGUUUUCUACCAUUUCAAAUAUUCUGAGAUGGAGAUUGAAUGUUGCAUGGCAUAAUGAAAUGUUUCAUGUGGAGGGGUUUUUAUGCAGCCAAAAAUACCUGAACAAUCAUGCACUACUGGAAGAAAUACAAAAAUGCCUCUUUCAAUUGUAUAUGGAUCCUCAUACAUAAUGUUUGAAUGUUCUGUGACUGGUUCUUUAAGGAGGUCUUUCUUACUGAAGAAAACAUAGUAGAUUUGAACUAUUUCCAAUUGUGGCUGAUUUCCAAUACAAAUUAACCUAUAUGAUUACAAGAUCAGGAAGCAAAUGUUUCUAGUGUGAUAUUUCUGCUUUUAUUCCUGCAAGUGUCUCUGCAUUUGAACUCAAAGUUUUGCUGUCUUGAAGAGCAUCAUGUGUAAUAAAGAUAUUUUUCCAAGCAA